CUCUUCGCCACUUCUUGUCUUAGUUCCAUCACCACUAUUCAUCCUCUCUUCUUAUUCUUCUCUUCACUUGCAUUUUUUUCCAAAAUGCCAGAAGUAGUGCCUAGUUUCUCCAACUCUGUGAAGCUGAAAUAUGUCAAACUUGGCUAUCAAUACCUUGUUAAUAAUAUUCUAAUAUUUUUGCUUGUGCCUAUUAUGGUUGGAGUUACCAUAGAGCUAUUAAGAAUGGGCCCUGAAGAAUUACUAAGCAUAUGGAAUUCACUCCACUUUGAUUUUCUCCAAAUCCUAUGCUCUUCUUUUCUCAUCAUUUUCGUAGCCACUGUUUAUUUCAUGUCCAAACCUCGAUCUAUUUACCUAGUAGAUUAUUCAUGCUACAAGGCUCCGGUUACCUACCGAGCACCAUUUUCAACUUUCAUGGAGCAUUCCAGGCUCAAUUUGAAGGAUAGUCCCAAGAGUGUGGAGUUCCAAAUGCGUAUUCUUGAAAGGUCCGGCCUUGGAGAAGAAACUUCCUUGCCUCCUGCCAUCCAUUACAUCCCUCCAGCCCCAACUAUGGAAGCUGCUAGAGGUGAAGCAGAAGUUGUCAUAUUCACAGCAAUUGAUGCCCUAAUGAAGAAAACUGGGCUCAAAACAAAGGACAUUGACAUUCUCAUAGUCAAUUGCAGUUUAUUUUCUCCAACUCCAUCUUUGUCAGCUAUGGUAGUUAACAAAUACAAGUUGAGAAGUAACAUAAAAAGUUACAACCUUUCUGGCAUGGGAUGCAGUGCAGGUUUAAUCUCAAUUGAUUUAGCUAGAGACCUCCUUCAAGUCCAUCCGAAUUCAUGUGCUUUAGUUGUAAGCACUGAGAUCAUAACUCCCAAUUAUUACCAAGGUUCGGAAAGAGCAAUGCUCCUCCCGAACUGUUUGUUCCGAAUGGGUGGUGCAGCCAUAUUGUUGUCCAACAAAAGGCGCGAUCGAUACAGAGCCAAGUACAGACUAGUGCAUGUGGUCCGAACCCAUAAGGGUGCGGACGACAAGGCAUUUAGAUGUGUGUUUGAACAAGAAGAUCCACAAGGGAAAAUUGGUAUUAAUUUAUCAAAAGACCUUAUGGUUAUAGCAGGGGAAGCUUUAAAAUCCAACAUUACUACAAUUGGUCCUCUAGUUCUCCCUGCCUCUGAGCAACUACUAUUUCUCCUAACAUUAAUUGGCCGGAAAUUUUUUAAUCCUAAGUGGAAGCCUUAUAUCCCCGAUUUCAAGCAAGCGUUCGAGCAUUUUUGUAUCCACGCGGGUGGUAGGGCGGUUAUCGAUGAGCUCCAGAAGAACUUACAAUUGUCUGCUGAACAUGUAGAAGCUUCUAGAAUGACUCUGCAUAGAUUUGGUAAUACUUCUUCAUCUUCAUUAUGGUAUGAGAUGAGUUAUAUUGAAGCUAAGGGAAGGAUGAAGAGAGGUGACAGAGUUUGGCAGAUAGCUUUUGGGAGUGGAUUUAAGUGUAACAGUGCUGUUUGGAAGUGUAACAGAACAAUCAAGAGACCAACUGAUGGACCAUGGCAAGAUUGCAUUGAUAAGUAUCCAGUGCACAUUCCAGAGAUUGUGAAACUCUAAAACGCAACCAGUAAAAAUAUUAUCAGGAAGUUGUUCAGCAUUUAGUAUUAGCAUUGGUCCAUGUUACAGUUUCUUCCUAUAAAUAUGAUAAGCUGGGUUUCUUCACUUUUUUUUCCUAAGUUUAAGUUGACUGUCAGUGUAAAUAAUUUUUACAGCGUUAGGUCAUCCAAAGGAGAUCUAUAGGUAAACCUCCAAAUAUGGGAUUUGAAAUAUGCGUAAAGAUGACCUGAUGAUAUAAAAAUUACUUACACUGA